AUGAUUCCCUCACAGCCUGAGGACCUGAGAAAAGACUCCCAGUAUUCAGGUCGUGUUCAGGUCCUUAAACCAGAGACAGGAAGAUCCACUCUGAGAAUCACUAACCUGAGAGAGAGUGAUUCAUCUGAGUAUCGCUUCAAAUUCAAGACACCAUGGUUUGAAUGGAGAAGUGUUUUACCUGGAACAACUCUGACUGUCACAGCUCUGCAGGUGCAGGUGACCAGAAUAAUAUCAGUCCAUCAGUCUCAAACUGAGGCAGAGCUCAAGUGUCUCAGCAGCUGCAGUCCAGCUGGUCGUCUUUACGUCUGGUUCAAGAACCAACAGAGAAUCAGGACACAGCAAACUUCUACUUUGACAGACAACUUUUCUCUUGAAGACACUGUCUCCUGUGCUUUCAGUGGACAUGAGGAUUACCGCUCUCCUUCAGUCUAUCCUUCAAAGCUUUCACCUGUAUCAGUGAGUCCCUCUGGUGAGAUAGUGGAGGGUAGUUCAGUGACUGUGACCUGUAGGAAUGAUGCUAACCCAGCAGCUAAAUACACCUGGUACAAAGGUAACCAACCACUUCCUCUGGGACCAGGAGGUAUUUAUCAUUUCACCUCCAUCAGCUCUGAGGACAGAGGGAUCUACUACUGCAAGUCUGAGGAUCAACAGUCUGUGUCUGUAUUCAUAGACGUCCAGUAUCCUCCAAAGCUUCCCUCUGUGUCAGUGAGUCCAUCUGGUGAGAUAGUGGAGGGUAGUUCAGUGACUCUGACCUGUAGCAGUGAUGCUAACCCAGCAGCUAACUACACCUGGUACAAGGAGAAUGAAGACUCACCAAAAGCUUCAGGACAGAACUUCACCAUCACUGACUUCAGACCUGAACACAGAGGGAGUUAUUACUGUGAAGCCCAGAACAGAAGAGGACGUCAUAACUCCACCUUACAUCGGACUUUCAUAGCAAAUUCAUGGAAAUUUCCAGUUGCUCUAUCAUUCGGUGCUGUUCUGCUGAUCGCCAUAAUACUCUUUCUCCUACUCUGCUUCAGAAGACUGAUGUACUUGAAACAAAGAUCAGAGAUUGAACAGACACCAGUCGGCAGAGAAGAGACUGAGGAAAUUCACUAUGCCAGUGUACAGCUUGCUACAACCCAGGAAAACCAGGUCUACUCCAACUUCACAUCAGCUGAUCUGCGCAGAUACGAAGAGGAUUGUGUUUACACGGCAGUCAGACCCAGCACCCGCAGAUCAACCGGUCAGGCAGCUGUGGAGGACGCAGUGUACAGCAGGGUUGAUAAAAAGCACAGAGUGUGAAGACAUCACGGUUCUGCAGAGUGAGAUUAAAAGACAUUCAUUCAGACAGACACGGCCAAGAUUAAAGCAGCAACAUUUCAUUUAUACGUUUUACUUUGUUGACCAGACUAACAACUGGAAACAUAUUGUCAUGGUCCUGCUUUUCCUGUGCUUCCACUUCCUUGUUUUUGUUCUCUCCCUAUCACCUCAUUAGGCUCAUUAGGCUCACCUGGGCAGGAGACUGGUGGGACCACCUGAUCCAGCUGCAGCCAAUCACCAAUCAGUGCUCUUUAAAAGGAUUGCUGUGACUUCCCUCCAGUGCAAGAUAAUUUCACAUUACUUGGUCUGUGCCAGCAUUUGAACUGAAAGUUUAGAGAGGGAAACCUCCUGUUGUGAGAAUUUGUUCAGUUUCUGUGUCUUUUUCUUCUUCAUGUGAUUUCCUUCCCUGGAGUUUCCAACUCCUGUAGUUUGCCUCCUUGAAUUUUUGUUUUUGUAUUUUCCUGCUUAGCUUUAGUAAUAAACUGGAUUUUGUUAACUU